AUGCCGAGCCACAAGACCUUCCGUGUCAAGCAGAAGCUUGCUAAGGCCCAGAAGCAGAACAGGCCUAUCCCCCAGUGGAUUCGCCUCCGCACUGGCAACACCAUCCGCUACAACGCCAAGCGUCGCCACUGGCGCAAGACCCGUCUCGGCCUCUAA